GCCGCUUUCGAGGUUGGAUAAAGAGUUUCGGACAAAGGAGCCAACCAUCUUUGCCAUUAGAGUUUGUUCUGCUUCCUCUCACCUUCUUGGAAUUGGAUUCAUUCAUCAAAAGAGGCUCUUGUCAUCCAAGAGAUGAGUGCCGGUGGUGCUUUUGGUGGAAAUAGAGGAGCACAACCUGUACCGCCCGAAAAAGGCAUUUUUCCCUUGGAUCAUCUCCAUGAGUGUGAUGUGGAGAAAAAGGAUUAUAUUGCCUGCCUCAAGUCUUCUGUAUACCAGUCAGAAAAAUGCAGGCAUUUGUCAAAGAAAUACUUGCAGUGUCGAAUGGAAAGAAACCUGAUGGCCAAACAAGAUCUGUCUGAGCUUGGGUUUGACGAAUAAAAAGAAAGUUACAAUGGACAAAUUGAUGAUAAAGAAGCAGUAAGAAAGUUGUUCCUAAUGAUACUUCUAAGAGGAAUUCUGUACUUGUGGAUUGCCUGUAGAUCAGUUUCUACUGCAUUUCCUGGAGCUGCAGUGGAGGUGAAUGCACAAGGAAUUGAAACAUUUUCAUUUUUUUUGCUGAUAAUAAUACAUCAUGAGCCCGGAAUGUAACGAUGGAGAAAUUAUUAGAUGCGAAUACUCUAUGCGCUGGCAACGAGUCAAGUGGAAUACACAAUUGUGUACUCCACAUGAUUUGUUGUCAGCACGAAAGUAUUUGUAUCUAAUAAUUCGCCAUCAACCAUAAGUGUUUGUACUUAAUAAUUUCUUCUAAGGAUAUAGAUUUUGUUGUAAAUUUCAAUUGAAAUUCUUGUAUAAGGUCACUAACCUUGUUGUUUGAGUUGGUAGAAGAGCACAAUAUUGUAUUAA